AUGGAGUCUCCGAAAAAGUCUAUUUUGUCCUCAACUAAGAAAGAUAAAAAAAAUUCACAGAAAUACCCGUUGUUGGAUGCCCACUGGUGCUCAGAUACAGUUUACCUCAAAUUUUAUCACCCCAAGCCCGGUGCAACAAACAAAGAGCUCAAUAAUUGGAAUUUGCAAGUAUCUUCAAUAAUAGCUGCCUAUUCCCAACUGCUUCUUGAAGAUUUUGACAAAUUUUGGUGUGAGAUAAUAUACAGUUCUACACUCCACGACUCCAUUGAUUCGGUUCUUCAAGCCGGACUGAGACUCCAAGAUCUUCCGAAGAAUUUGCUUCGUUUUGCCUCGUCACUACGUCAAUUGAAAACACUAACGCUUCUCGUCUUUCAACGGGCCUCCCAACCCAAAUACUCAAAGACCAUGUUUCUAACUGAUUCAGAGUAUGCAAGAUUUGUUCACGAUAAGUUUGUCUUCGAUCCGUAUCGGUUCAUUAACUUGACAUUGAUGUAUUGCCCUGACAACCGUGAAAUCGUCAUCGAUAUUAUUCGUUCUGUGGUCGCCCUACAGCCGAAAUUUAUUGAUGACAUAAGCGCUACCCUGAGAACCGUUUUAGCCCUCCUAAGGAACAAUGAAGAGAAAUUACAGCAGUGGCAAUUUGAGGAGGACCACGGGACAGGGGAAUCCUCGGACGUGAAUUGCAUUGACCGCCUUGAUGGUGUUAUCGAAUAUUUGUUGGACGUUGCUACAACACUUGAGCAGUUUCUUUCGAUUGUGUCGGAAGCGUGUCCUGAUAUCCCUAGAAAGUGCCUUACAGAUACUCUGCAUGUCAGGUAA